AUGAUGGCGGCGGUCGGUGCAGCUGAAGUGAUCACACAGCUGGAAAGCGCUGCCAAAGUUUUAAUGGCACCGCCGUCCAUGGUCAGCACAGAGCAGAGGCAGCAUGCUGAACACGUCUUCCUCUCCUUCAGGAAGUCCAAGUCUCCGUUUGCCAUUUGCAAACACAUUCUGGAGACCAGCAAGGUGGACUAUGUGUUGUUCCAGGCGGCCACAGCCAUCAUGGAGGCCGUGGUGCGUGAAUGGAUCCUGCUGGAGAAGAGCAGCAUCGAGUCUCUGCGCGCGUUCCUCCUCACCUACGUCUUACAGAGACCCAACCUGCAGAAGUACGUCCGUGAGCAGAUCCUGCUGGCCGUCGCCGUCAUCGUGAAGCGAGGCUCUCUGGACAAAAGCAUCAGCUGCAAAGGCAUCUUUCAUGAAGUGGGGCAGCUGAUCAGCAGCGGGAACCCCACAGUGCAAACUCUGGCCUGCUCCAUCCUGACGGCUCUCCUCAGCGAGUUCUCCAGCUCCAGUAAGACCAGCAGCAUCGGCCUCAGCAUGGAGUUUCACGGCAACUGCAAGCGUCUGUUCCAGGAGGACGGCCUGCGCCAGAUCUUCAUGAUGACCAUGGAGGUGCUGCAGGAGUUCAACCGCAGAGAAAACCUCAACGCUCAGAUGUCCUGCGUAUUCCAGCGCUUCUUGUCUCUGGCCAAUCAGGUGCUCAGCUGGAACUUCCUGCCUCCUAAUCUGGGGCGCCACUACAUCGCCAUGUUCGAGGCCACGCAGAACGUCACGCUCAAGCCUACGGAGUCCUGGAGGGAAGCGCUGCUGGACACCCGCAUCAUGGACCUCUUCUUCACUGUGCACAGGAAGAUCCGGGAAGACUCGGACAUGGCUCAGGAUUCUCUCCAAUGCCUGGCCCAGCUGGCCUCCAUGCACGGGCCCAUCUUCCCAGAUGAGAGCGCCCAGAUCUCCUACCUGGCCCACAUGGUGGAGGGCUUCCUCAGCAUGAUCAACGGGAUUGAGAUUGAGGAUUCUGAGGCUGUGGGUAUCUCCAACAUCAUUUCUAAUCUGAUCACCAUGUUUCCACGGAGCAUCUUAACCGCACUACCCAGCGAACUCUUCACUUCCUUCAUCAACUGCCUCACUCUGCUCACAUGCUCGUUUGGACGCAGCGCCGCCCUGGAGGAGGUGCUGGAUAAGGACGACAUGGUUUACAUGGAGGCCUACGACAAGCUGCUGGAGUCGUGGCUGAAGCUGGUGCAGGACGAGCAGCAUUUCCCGCGAGGCUGCUUUGUCCAGCCAGCCAUCCAGGUCUUCAACUCCUACAUACAGUGUCACUUGGCAGCUCCUGACGGCACCCGCAAUCUGUCUGUCAACGGCAUAUCGUCUCAUGAAGAGGAGGAGAUUAACGAGCUGCAGGAAGAUGACAGAGAGCUGUUUUCAGACCAGCUGUCCAGCAUCGGCAUGCUGGGACGUGUGGCGGCUGACCACUGUAUCCCUCUGCUCACAAGCCUUCUGGAGGACCGCGUCAACCGGCUCCACGGCCAGCUCCAGAGGACUCAGCAGCACCUGAUGGCCUCAACUGACCUGGAAUCAGUGGACCGCAAAGUCCUGGACGACCUCUAUGAGGACAUCCACUGGCUCAUCCUGGUUUCCGGGUAUCUGCUUGCGGACGAUCCUCAGGGAGAAACCCCGCUGAUCCCCACCGAGGUGAUGGAGUUCUCCAUCAAGCAUUCGACAGAAGUAGAUCUCAACACCACCCUGCAGAUUCUGGGGUCACCGGGCGAAAAGGCCUCCUCCAUACCGGGCUUCCACCGCACAGACUCCGUCAUCAGGUUGCUGUCCGCAGUCUUAAGAACGUCAGAGGUGGAGUCCAGAGCGACCAGAGCGAGCCUGACGGAGCUGCUGAGCCCUCAGAUGGGGAAGGACAUCGUGUGGUUCCUCAGACGCUGGGCAAAGUCGUAUCUGCUUGUGGAUGAGAAGCUCUACCAGCAGAUCAGUAUCCCACUGAGCACAGCAUUCGGGGUAGACACAGAAGGCGCCCAGUGGAUUGUGGGAUAUCUGCUGGAGAAGGUGAUCAAUAACCUGUCGGUGUGGAGCUCAGAGACGGAUCUGGCUAACGACACUGUGGAGCUGCUGGUGACGCUGGUAGAGAAAAGAGAGCGAGCAAACAUCGUGGUUCAGUGUGAGAGCUGGUGGAGUCUGGCCAAGCAGUUCGCCAGCCGCAGCCCCCCCCUGCACAUGCUGUCCAGCUGCGUGCAGAGGUCCCUGAUGAAAGCUCUGGUCCUGGGGGGCUUCGCUCAGAUGGACUCCGACACCAAGCAGCAAUACUGGGCAGAGGUUCUUCAUCCGCUCCAGCAGCGUUUUCUCAACCUCAUCAACCAGGAGAAUUUUGCUCAGAUCAGCCAAGAAGAAGCUGUCAAACAGGAGAUCGUCGCCACGCUGGAGGCGCUGUGCGGCAUCGCAGAGGCGACACAGAUAGACAACGUAGCCUCGCUCUUCUCUUUCCUCAUGGACUUCCUGUCCAGCUGCAUCGGCCUCAUGGAGGUUUACAGCAACACGCCAGAGACCAUCAACCUCAUCAUUGAGGUUUUUGUGGAGGUGGCUCACAAGCAGAUCUGCUACCUGGGGGAGAUGAAGUCCAUGAAGCUGUACGAGUUGUGUCUGACGCUGCUGCAGGUCUACUCCAAAAACAACCAGAGCAGGAAGCGGGGCGACGCCACCGCGGAGGAGGACCAGUACCAGGACCUGCUGCUCAUCAUGGAGCUGCUCACAAACCUGCUGUCCAAAGAGUUCAUCGACUUCAGCGACACCGACGAGGUGUUCAGGAACCAGGACCAGGGAACGCCGGCGUCCAACCGGACGGUCUCAGCCGCAGACGUCGUCCUUUAUGGAGUCAAUAUAGUUCUUCCUCUCAUGUCUCAGGAUCUUCUGAAGUUUCCCUCUUUGUGUAACCAGUACUACAAGCUCAUCACCUUCAUCUGCGAGAUCUUUCCAGAGAAGAUCCCACAGCUGCCUGAAGACCUCUUCAAGAGCCUCAUGUUUUCUCUGGAGCUCGGCAUGACCUCAAUGGGUUCAGAAAUCAGCCAGUUGUGUCUGGAGGCUUUGUCUCCUCUGACUGAACAAUGCGCCAAAAACCAGGAGAAGGACUCGCCCCUCUUCAUCGCUACCCGGCACUUCCUCAAGCUGGUGUUUGACAUGCUGGUCCUGCAGAAGCACAACACAGAGAUGACCGUGGCCGCAGGAGAAGCUCUUUACACACUCGUGUGCCUGCAUCAGGUGGAGUACUCUGAGCUGGUGGAGACUCUGCUGUCCUCUCAGAGAGACGCCAUCAUCUACCAGCGGCUGGCCGACGCCUUCAACAAGCUGACCGCCAGCAGCACGCCGCCCACCAUGGAUCGCAAACAGAAGCUCGCCUUCCUCAAGAGUCUGGAGGAAUUCGUGGCCAACGUGGGCGGCCUGCUCUGCGUUAAAUAACCACUGGACAACAUCGCUGGCCUUGACUUGUCCUGAAAAUCAACCAAUGAAAGACUGACCCCGCCUCCUCUGUGGGAACUUUGCCUCGGACGAUGCGGCUUGAAGCCUCGGAGGAGCUUCUAGUCUGAAUGUUUACCCCGUUUUCAGUGGGAACUCCUUUUUUUUUAAUCCUCUCGUGCCCGUUGCACCUGCCUGUCCCGCUGCUCCUCCAGCAUGUUUAGCAUAGUUACUGUGGUAACCACGGAGACUGAACUGCUCGACAGAGACCUGGUUGAAGGUUUCCGGCCUCUCAAAUUGCAGAGGUUGCUUUUUACGACAAAACCCCCCCGUUCCUCCGCCUUUUAUUCAGUACGAUGAAAGCUUCUGGAAGCUGCGCACAAACACACUCACAGGAACACAGAGGGAAGAGACUGACUGUGUUCAGGUUAGGUUUUAGAGGGGCCAUUUUUGAUGUCUUUUAAUGAGGAUCGCCAUGACGCACACAAACACACACCACCCUGUCCUUUCCAGAGUGCCUUGAUGUUGUCGAUUGUUCUGUGGGUGUGUUUGUGUGCGACAGAGUGCCUGCGGUUUGCCAAGAGUUAUGAAAAAGUGUCAUUAUUUUUCUGACAGUUUCCUGACUUUGUUUUUAAACAAGCUGGAGUGACUUCUCAUUUUUGGCCAGUAGAUGGCAGUCUGCACGAGUUAGAGAUCCGAGCAUCACUCACCAUGGUGACCUUUGCAGAUUUCAUUUUGUUUUUUUUACCUGGAGAGACGUUGGGCUUUAAUGACGACACAAAAAGGCCUGACGGGAUGGAGGGUCGACGGGAUCAUUUGAGGGUUUUCCUCCUCAGCAUCACUGUUCAACACACACUGGAGACUGGCAUGAAGGACAGCAAUAACAAACCAAAUAAAAAGGAGCAGAGCCACUUCUCAAAGCAUUAUUUUGGAGAUCCAUCUCAGUCGGAGCACUAUCCCAGUAAUUGUAGAUGGCUGUUUUUGUUAAUGAAGUGUAAAAGUGUACAUAAAGUUAUUGUAUAAAAGGUUCUGGCCUCUUCA